CCGGUAGCUCCCGGAAUAGGACCGUUUCGAGACGGUCGCUUUCAAGUGGGCCUGGGCGCGGGGGGGGGAAAACGGGUCUGUCCUCGGGAACUGCGAGGCUCUGUGCGCACGAGGACUGGGAUCCCGGCCUCGGCUGCUUGGGCGUCCAGGCUUAGCGGGGCCGCGGACACUGACCCUUGCUUAGAACUCAUCCUGUCCCGCAGAGCCUGCUGCGAGUUCCUGCCGUCCCCUGCAGCGGUUUCUUGGAGCCGCUUUCCCAAGCGGAAGUCAGCCUGCGGCUUGGACUCCGGCGGGACCUGCACGGAGGAAUGGCGCUGCCGGGUUCAAGCACUGUCAUCCUGUUGGCCCUGACAAUCAUAGCCAUCACCCAGGCACUGACGCCCACUCACUACCUCACCAAGCAUGACGUGGAGAGACUGAAAGCCUCGCUGGACCGCCCUUUCACAAAUUUGGAAUCUGCCUUCUACUCCAUCGUGGGACUCAGCAGCCUUGGUGCCCAGGUACCAGACACAAAGAUUUCUAUUUCAAAUGAGACCAAAGACCUGCUUCUGGCAGCUGUCAGUGAGGACUCAUCUGUUACCCAGAUCUACCAUGCAGUUGCUGCUCUCAGUGGCUUUGGCCUUCCCUUGGCAUCCCAAGAAGCGCUCAGUGCCCUUACUGCUCGCCUCAGCAAGGAGGAGACUGUGCUGGCAACGGUCCAGGCUCUGCAGACAGCAUCCCACCUGUCCCAGCAGGCUGACCUGAGGAGCAUCGUGGAGGAGAUUGAGGACCUUGUUGCUCGCCUGGAUGAACUGGGGGGCGUGUACCUCCAGUUUGAAGAAGGACUGGAAACAACAGCAUUAUUUGUAGCUGCCACCUACAAGCUCAUGGAUCAUGUGGGGACUGAGCCAUCCAUUAAGGAGGAUCAGGUCAUCCAGCUGAUGAACGCAAUCUUCAGCAAGAAGAACUUCGAGUCCCUCUCUGAAGCCUUCAGUGUGGCCUCUGCAGCUGCUGUGCUCUCCCAUAAUCGCUACCACGUGCCAGUUGUGGUUGUGCCUGAGGGCUCUGCUUCUGACACUCACGAACAGGCUAUCCUACAGUUGCAAGUCACCAAUGUUCUGUCUCAGCCUCUGACUCAGGCCUCUGUUAAACUAGAACAUGCUAAAUCUGUUGCUUCCAGAGCCACUGUCCUCCAGAAGACAUCCUUCACCCCUGUAGGGGAUGUUUUUGAACUAAACUUCAUGAACGUCAAAUUUUCCAGUGGUUAUUAUGACUUCCUUGUCAAAGUUGAAGGUGACAACCGUUACAUUGCAAAUACUGUAGAGCUCAGAGUCAAGAUCUCCACUGAAGUUGGCAUCACAAAUGUUGAUCUUUCCACCGUGGAUAAGGAUCAGAGCAUUGCACCCAAAACUACCCGGGUGACCUACCCAGCCAAAGCCACGGGCACAUUCAUCGCAGACAGCCACCAGAACUUCGCCUUGUUCUUCCAGCUGGUAGAUGUGAACACUGGUACUGAACUCACUCCUCAUCAGACGUUUGUCCGACUUCAUAACCAGAAGACUGGCCAGGAAGUGGUGUUCGUUGCCGAGCCAGACAACAAGAACGUGUACAAGUUUGAACUGGAUACCUCUGAAAGAAAGAUUGAAUUUGAUUCUGCCUCUGGCACCUACACUCUCUACUUAAUCAUUGGAGAUGCCACUUUGAAGAACCCAAUCCUCUGGAAUGUGGCUGAUGUGGUCAUCAAGUUCCCUGAGGAAGAAGCUCCCUCAACUGUCUUGUCCCAGAACCUUUUCACUCCAAAACAGGAAAUUCAGCACCUGUUCCGUGAGCCUGAGAAGAGGCCCCCCACCGUGGUGUCCAAUACAUUCACUGCCUUGAUUCUCUCGCCGUUGCUGCUGCUCUUUGCUCUGUGGAUCCGGAUUGGUGCCAAUGUCUCCAACUUCACUUUCGCUCCUAGCACGAUUAUAUUUCACCUGGGACAUGCUGCUAUGCUGGGGCUCAUGUAUGUCUACUGGACUCAGCUCAACAUGUUCCAGACCUUGAAGUACCUGGCCAUCUUGGGUAGUGUGACGUUUCUGGCUGGCAAUCGGAUGCUGGCCCACCAGGCAGUUAAGAGGAUCGCUGCAGAGCAGAGCAGUAGAUUGGCAAAAUAUAGGACACUACGAACAGCACAUUAGUUCCAGACGAAGGAUGGAAAUCCCGAAAACUGAAUGUCAAGAAAAGGAGUCAAGAACAAUUCACAGUUUGAAAAGAAAAAUGGAAAAAAAAAACACUAUUUAAAAAGGAAACAGUCAAGAUUGUAGUUGACUUUUGCUUGUUGUUUUUCAGUUUCCCCAACACAGAACAGAUACCUGGUGAGCUCUGAUAGUUUCUUUCUUUGGCACUGUGCGAGAUGCUGUGAAUAUUCCUAACUACCCAGAUGUCGCAUCUGAAAAGUUGAAAUGUAUAAUUGUUUUGGAAUAAAGUGGAUGAUAAUGGGAACAAA